CCCCGCAGUUAACGGCGGGUGGGACAGCCAGGCAGCCUUAUUCCAUCGGAGAAGAGGACAGCUCCGGAAGCAGCGAGUCUUGUGGAGGGGAUGAAGGUGCGUGCUGUUUGAAAUGAGCGUUCAUCAUAGCGCAGAGGAAGAGGAGGAUAAGAGGGAUAAUAUUGUUGUUAUUGGUUCCGGGCCUGAGCCGCAUGCAUUUGAAAAGCCCAGGAGCGAAGCUGCUCGCCCCGAGUGCAAUGGGACCUCAGACACAGGACACCGAGCAGCAUCAACAACAUGCUUCAACUUUCCUUACUAUAAGUCUCAGAGAGUCAAAGACUCAGUUGAUGAGCGAAACCCGCCAAGUGUUAGUGAGGAAAGCCCGCCAGCAAAACAGAAGAAGCGUGAAUGGGUGUGGCUCGGAUUAUGCUAUGUCUUGUUAUCCUGUGUGUUCUUUUCAGUCACUUCACUCUUGGUGAAGAAGGUUAAAGGCAUUCAUGCUCUGGAAAUCAGUGGGAUUCGAUGCUUGUUUCAGUGCCUGUUUACAUGGCCUGCCAUUAUAUACAGUGAACUAGACUUGCUGGGACCAAAAGGUCGAAGAGUUUUGGUUUUCAUGCGAGGAAUCUUUGGUUCUACUGCCAUGAUGCUGCUCUUCUAUGCAAUUCAACAGAUGCCUUUGGCCGAUGCCACUGUUAUUAUGUUUAGUAAUCCGGUCUUUGUUACCAUAUUUGCAUGGAUUUUUCUGAAGGAAAGAUGCAGUUGGUGGGAUCCCAUCUUUAUUGUGUUUACUUUAACUGGGGUAAUCCUUAUUGCCAGGCCUCCAUUUAUCUUUGGCUCUCUAGUAUCUGGAGUUGAAGUCGACUACAAGAAUCGCAUCAAAGGCACCACUGCUGCUUUUGCAAGUGCAAUCUGUGCAGCACUGACUCUGAUUGUGAUCCGGAAAAUGGGAAAAUCCGUCAGUUAUAUCAUUUCCAUCUGGUAUUACUCACUGAUUGGAUUAAUUAUGUCUGUGAUCGUUGUCUCAGCCAUUCAGGAAUGGAGCCUGCCCUUCUGCGGAAUGGAUCGAGCAUUUUUAAUCCUGAUCGCCAUCUGCGGAAUAGGAGGGCAGGUCUUUCUAACAAAAGCCUUGCAGAUUGAGAAGGCUGGGCCCGUGUCUCUUAUGAAGACCACGGAAGUGCUGCUAGCCUUUCUGUUUCAGUAUUUAUUCCUCAAUUACACCCCUAGCUGGUGGAGUUUGGGAGGAGCACUUUGCGUGACAGUUGGCACCACUGGAGUUGCUAUCCGAAAAUGGUGCAACCAGAAAGGCCAAGGAAAACAAAGUUUGCGUGGUCUCAGAAGCACCGCUGAAAUUUGAACAUAGUUGCUAUGGAAUGCUUAAACAACUUGUUAGAAAGUGAAAGGGUAGCUGCUGAUCUGCUUUCUGAAUACGUUGAUUAAAUAUUCAUACCCUUAACUAAGAUUUUCUCAGGAUGAUAUAGUAGUAAGGGCAAUCAUUUAAAUUCAAUUAAAUCAAAAAAAAAAUUAUUUUAAAGAUUAAAUAUUUUGUAAUAUUUUAUACUUGUCCUUGACUGUUCUAGACCUAUCUGGGUGUUGGCUGUGGCUCAGUGGUAAUACUGUUACCUCUGACUCAAGAGGCUCAUGGGAUGUAGCAUCCUUCCAGAGACUUGAUUACAUAAUCUAAGCUGACACUUCAGUACAGUCUAGGGCAUGCUGCUUGUUGGAGGUGCCUUCUUGUGGAUGAGACAAUAAAUCGAGGCCCUGUCUUCCCUCUGACGUGGCUGCAAAAAAUGCUACGGCGCUGCUCAAAGGAGAGCAGGCGACUUCUGGUAUUGUGGUCAACAUUUAUCCCUCAAUGAAAACGGAUUAUCUGGUAAUUUAUUGCUUUGCUGUUUGUGAGAACUAACUAUGUAAAUUGGCUGCUGCCAAUGACUGUUCUUCAAAUGUAUAUCAUUGAUUAUGAAGCUCUUUGGGACAUCCUGAGGCCAUGAAAGGCACUCUAUAAAUGCAAGUCCUUUCUUUCUUAGUAUUCUGAUGGAGCUCUUGAACAGCAGAUGUGUGAUGUUCCGUAAAACGUACAGAACUAUUUAGCCUUCUAAAUGUUUGAUAAAAGUAGAUCCUUAAAAACAAACAAAACUUCAGUACUGCACAGGGGAGAGGAUGAAAUAUAAUGCAGCUGUUAAGGAACCAGAUUAAUUUUGUUCACACAACACAGCCAUUCUGCAUACAUCCAACUGUUAUCCACCAACAUAUAAACAUACUGAUUAAAAAAACUAAUGGUUAAAGGUGCUAAACUUCUGCCUUCUGCAGCACAUUCCAAACAGUAACCAGAACUGCUGAGUACACAGUUAUGAUGUUCCAGUUUUCUCCGUAUAAAACACCAAAUGUCAUCACAACAGUACAGCAUACAGUGCAUUUGAAAUAAUCAGGCCACUGUGGUCCACAUAGAAAAGGACUGUUGAAUUUGCAAAAGAGUAUGUCACUAGUUUUGGCCAAUUCUGCAACUAUCUUUUGUAGCAAAUACCAAAAUGUACACAUGAAGGGCCAAUGUUUAAUAUUGAAUUAAUAUUUAUACCUGAGCUGCAACUUAAUAUGAAUAUUUAUUUAUUUCCUGUAGUGUUAAAUAACUUCAUUUCUUAGAACAUGAGACAAAAGUUUUGUUUUGUGUAAAUUGCAAUAAUAUAUGCGGGUCUUAAAGGGUAAAAGAACUUAAGUCUUGUGCAAUUGUUUUGCUGGUUUCUCUCCCCUCUUCCCCCCCACCCCCAAUAAUUUGAAGUGAUCCUGCCAAUGAGCUUGCAAUGACCGGAAGUGAUGUUUAUCAUACAGAUGUCUAAUACAUUAUAUCAAAUUCCCCCCUCCACUAUUUUCAAUGGACGUAUUAAUCCUUUAAAAUAAGCAGCUAAUUCCUCCAUUAAAAUAGCAGUGGAAGGAAUUUGGUACGAAUUUGCUAAGUUGUUGCAUGAUAACAUUUCCAGGCUUUGGUGUCUCGGAGAUAGUCUGCUAUAAAUUUAUUCAUUUAUAGGCUAAACAAGAAAACAGUAUUUAGCAGAUAGAGGAAAAGUGUGUGAUGAACUUGUUAAGAGGAGCAAGAUUCUAGGGCCUGAAUUUUUCAGUUGGUGGGCAGGCUCGGUGGCAGGGGUGGGGGCGAUCACGGAGCUGACCGCCGCCCGCAAUCAGCUCCGCGCGACGUUUUACGUGGGUGGGCCAAUUAAGGCCUGCCCAGCGUAAGAUGCAAGCGGUAGCGCUGAGCGCUAUCUCUGUGGGCGGGGGAAGGAUAGAGAGUUGGGGCCAGCCCAAUCUCAUCUCGAGGUGAUGCGCUAUUGAAAUAAAUAGAAAAAAAAUUUAAUUGAACAUUCCCCCUCAUGUGACUGUGUCACAUGAGAUGAGACAUGUUUUUAUAUUUCAGAAAAUUUUAUAUUUGAUUAUAAAAGCUUUAGGAAACCUCAUCCCGCUCGUUGGUGAGGUUUCCUAAAAACGUAAAGGCCACUUGGCCUUUUCGUUUGCCCGCCAACCUUAAGAUUGGGCGUGCAGCAUAAACAAUGGCACUAAUUAAAUUGUUAAUGGCCUUAAUAGGCCAAUCAGUUAUCGGCGGGCAUGCAGCCGGCUCUGGCGUGCGCCCACCGAAUGAGAGAAUGUGAUGACGUCAGGAUACACGCCCGAUAUCAUGGCGUGCCAUUUUACAUGCCAAUGUGUUGGGCCCGUCCCCUCACGCCGACUGAAAAAUUUAGGCCUAGGAUUCUGUAAUCACUAAAGUUCAUAUUCCUGCUGCCAAAUAUCCAGCCAGAUAGAGUAAUUGCACAUUCUUUCAUUGCCACAGUUUGUGGGUUAAAUAUCAGCGGUUAGUUUUCGGUGGAUUUUGAUGUCCAUACUUUUUGACUGUUAAACUAUUUACAGGUCUUAUGAGUCAAAGCUUUGAUUUUGCACCCUUAUAUUUUUUGAAAAAGCCAUCACUAAUCUUGAAUUCCACAAGGGAUUUUCUCCAAGACAGUUUAGCAGCUUAUGAGAAUAUGAAUUAGAAGCAAGAAUAGGCCACUUGGCCCCUGCUCAUGGUUGAUCUGAAUGUGACCUCAACUCCACAUACCACCUAUCCCCGAUAACCUUUGACACCCUUGUUAGUCAAGAAUCUACCUACCUCUGCCUUUAAAAAAUAUUCAUUGACCCUGCCUCCACCACUCUCUGGGGAAGAGAGUUCCGAAGACUUUGAGAAAACGUUUCUUCCCCCUCCCUUUUAUCUCUCAUUCCUCUGAUCUUGAUUUCAUGCUGCUGUCCGUUCUAUCCCCUGUAUACCAUUGCCCCUUUCACUGCUGUUGUUUAACCACCAGUUUUUAUUUGUUUCUGUUGCCCCUGUUUCUUGCUUGCCCAGCUGCCUUUUCCAUUUUUUCGGCCAUGCCAUUUCUGCAAAGCUUCUUGUUACAUGUGGCUUCAAACACUCUGCUCCUCCAAUUCUGCCCUCUUGUGCAUCCCAGUUUUCAUCACUCUGCCUUGGGCAGCCUUGUCAGUUACCUAGCCCUAAGCUCUGGAAUUCCCUUCCUAAACCCCAUCUGCCUCUCUACAUAUAUCUCCUUUAAGUCAUCCCUUAAAACCUGCCUCUUUCUCAAACUUUUGGUCACCUGCCCUAGUAGCUUGUUAUGUGGUUUGGUGUCAGUUUUGACUGAUGCUCCUGUGAGGAGUCUUCAGAUGUUAAAUAUGCUAUAUAAAUGCAAGUUGUUGUCCUUCUCUAGCUCUCUCUCUCACUGUCUGAUCUGCAACACUGGUGCCCUUGGAGAAGGCAUGUGUAAAUUGUGGACUCUCAAUACUGGUGGACACUAUAGGGAAUAUCAUCCAUUAACACAUAAAACUGUAACUUAAAGUAUGAGUUUAUAUAAACUUGAUUAGAUUUUAUGGUUAAUUAUGAAUGGUGUCACCUCCAUCUGAGGGGCCACUGUACGGUUGCCUUUCUGUUAGUGACACUGUGGUGACUCAGCAUUAAUCUUAUUGGUUGGUUCACUUUAAAUUAGGCAGCUGAAGUCCCUCCACAUUAAAAAUUACAAUAUGCAGUUACAUGCAAAGGUUUCCAGCAUCCACAAAUGCAUGCGGGAGCGUUAUUGUGGGGGGGGAGAAAGCUGAUUUUAAAAAAUGCCUUGCUGUAAACUUUUGAAACUAGUAAGGUGUGCCUUUCGAGACUCAAGUUCAUCAAAUGUCCCACAUAUGCGGAAUGACAGUUAAUGGUUUAGUUUUGGUUAGACACUGAGUCACACUGUAUCCUCUGUUUAGUCAUGCAGCUUCCAACAGACAGUGGGUAGAACAUUAUGCUCAGCACGUGGGCGUGCACCCAACACGCCCGAGCGUGCGAUGAAGUCCGGCGUGCGUCCAGACGUCGUCUUACAGUCUCACGAUAUUUCAUUUCGCAGGUGCGUGCUGGAUGUGGCUGCAUGCCUGCCGAUAAUUAAAAAUCCUAGUAAGGCCAUUAAGAAUCUAGUUAAAUUCAAAUUUAUGCUGCCUGUCCAGCCUUAGUUGGUGGGCAGGCAAAAAAGACCACAAGAGGGAUGCGCUUUCCUAAAGCAAAUAAACAUAUUAAAUAAGAACUUUAUUUUUGAAUUAAAAACAUGUCCCUGCUCAUGUAAUAGUCACAUGAGGGGACAUGGUUUAUUAAAUUUUUAUUCUCUUCAUUUUUUUUUACACAGCGCUUCAAUCUCCGAGGCAGCUCCAUACGUCAGGGAGAUCGAAGCGCUCUUUGUUUUGCUCAUGCACAAACUGCGCGCUCGGCCCGGCUCCCCCUCCUUUCUCACCCCAUCCUCCCGCCCGCGCAGGCAGCACUUAGCACUGCCGCUAGCGAUCCACGCAGGGUGGGCCUUAAUUGGCCCGCUUGCAUUAAAUCGCGGAGCUGAUCGUGGGCAGUGGUCGGCUUCCCGACCGCCCUUGCCAAUUACCCCUGCCAAGGGCAAAAUGUAUUGCCCAAACUGUUUCUUAGUAAGCUGUUAGACAAUGAAAUUUAACCUAUAGCGGGUAAAGACUCUGUAUCCAUCAACUCAGUGGAUCGAAAUAUCACAGAAUACGAUUGCAUAGUUUUCCUGUUUUUGUGUUCUCCAUUUGUGCCAGUAGCUGACACAGUGAAAGUUUUACUUCUUCCUGUUUCUCUGGACAAGAUUUUUAGGAUAGUGGGAUUUCCCUUCCCACCAUCUGAGGAGUCAGUGGUGCACACUUGGCCACUGAUACUGGCUGCCCUGCAGUCAUUUAAUACUCCAACAAACAUUAUUUGACUGGAGAUGGGGUUUCUGCCCCUCAUUUGGGAGGAAGUCCCACCUCAGCUGUUGGUCAGUCUGGUUGGCAGGUCUCUAGCCCCAGCAGCUCCAGGAGCUAUAGUGGAUAGAACUGGGAUUUAAAGCAGUCCCCAAAGUCUUAAGUCUUUGGAGUUUGGAACCAGGUAAGCUUGGGAUCUCGGGGCAGAAAGGGGAGGGUGAGGCCCAUUGAAGGAGGAUGCUCAGUGAAAGAAUAGGAAGGUGCAGCCUGAAAACAGGAUUGGGAAAUUGAGCAGAGAAUGAAAUGGCUACAGGUGUGUUGUAGGUAUGAUUAGUCUGUGCUGACCAUUUGACUGACAGCAUGGUAAUUGUACAAGUUGCACAAAGCUCUUUAGCAUCAUAGACUCAUUACUUUUUUACAAUAGACAUCAAGCUUUUAAUAAUACUGUUUCCUAACUUAGUUAUGAUAAUUGAUAGGAUUAGAUGAAGUCAAGUGGGAGGAGGCUCAUGUGGAGUGUAAACACCAGCUUUAGACCAGUUGGGCCAAAUGGCCUAUUUUAUGCUAUAAAUUCAAUGUAAUUAAAGUUAUUUUAGGUAUUUCCAACAGUUUUAAAUAUAUUCAAAUAUUUUUUUAAGGCAAAUGUGAUGUAUUUUCACUUAAUUAGAAGAUUCUAUAUUUGAAUUGAAUAUUUCAAUAUGAGAAAUGUGUUUCUAAUUACGGGACAUAAAUAUCUGUAAUAAAAUGUGUGUUU